AUGAAGUCCGAAUCAAUUUCAUCAACUCCUCAAGUUAAUUGUUUGGAUCCUCUCGAAUUAAUCGAUUUUACCGAUUACGAAACUGUAUCAUAUCAUUCACCAUCUCUCUCGCCAACUUCCUCAAAGUCACAAUUCGUACCAGCAUCUUCACGAUCAUCUGCAGUAUCAACUCCUACCACAAUACCUUCAUCGAAUCAAACUUUAUCCGGUCCAAGUCAUCAAUACGAUCUUUAUAGACAGCAAACUGGUAUUCCACAAGGAGCCAUCGCAAAUACUUUGGCCGUCAACGAAAACAAUGGUCACAUCAAUAGAUAUAAUUAUCAAGAUCCAACAUACUUUUCCGCCAUGAGUCCAAGUGAGGAAUUUGUGGAUUUUGGAACUGCUCCAUCUCGCACACCAUAUCAUUCAUCGGAUGUGGAAAUGGAUCAAGACCCAGCAUUCUUCUACCCUGAACAAAACUUUGUUGACCCAAGCAAUAUCGCAUCGCAAAACUUACCAGUCGGUAAUGUUUUACCAACACAACCAAGUCAUGUUGGUCGUCUUUGGCCUGGUAUGCAUCAACAACAAGCUGCUCUUGCCAAAGCUCAAGCACAACAAAAGCAACAACAAGCUAUCAUCGCCCAACAACGACAAAAUGCUAUGGCCGCAAAUGGUCAGCACCAAAGACAACCUCAACAGCAACGUUCGAGAGCACAAACUGGUACCGAUCCUAUCGUCGAGGAAAAGAUCUCUCAACUUCUCAACUCGAUGAGACAAAGUAGCGUGGUUACCGAUUGUGAUGAUGCAAAUUCGCAAAACAAUAUGACACAUGUCCACCGUAUGCGCAAGGAAGAAGAAGAUAUGGAUGAGGAUGAAAGAUUAUUGGCUAGUGAGGAAGGAAAGAAACUUAGUAGUAAAGAGAGAAGACAACUUAGAAACAAGGUUUCAGCUCGUGCAUUCAGAUCAAGAAGAAAGGAAUACAUCAGUCAACUCGAAGGAGAAAUCGCCGUCAAGGUUAACGAGAACAUGGAAAUCAAGUCACGAAACCGAGCAUUGAUGGACGAAAAUACACGUUUGUCAGAUCUUACGAGAAUGCUUCUUUCUUCACCGGCAUUCUCUAGCUUCCUCGAUACUUUAUCCUCAAAUCCCGCCACUCAACAAGCCCCACCUGCGGUUCAACAAGCUCCUCUCCACCACGAACAACCCAGACAAGUUCGAAAGGAUGUCAAUCCAUAUGCCGCUCAACAGCACAUGCAACAACAACAACAUAUCGGUAUGGUUAUAAUACCCGAACAACCUAUGGAUUUCACCAUGCUUGAUAUCAACGCCGAUGGAUUUGGUUACCAACCACAAGUAUACUCUGUUCCAUCUCUCCCCGAGACCAUCAUCGAUUCAUCGAUUCUUUCCGGAAAGCCCUCGAACCUUAUCGGUCCAUUAGAAUCCGAUGAUGAUAAAGUGGAACUCCCAAUCGUUGAGCGCAACCCGGUCUAUGAAUUUGUACCAAUAGCUAUUGUUGAGGAAAGUAUCGAUGAGGAAUUCGAUGCCGAUCCAGCAUUCGCUCUUUUCAUUGAAGAAUCCACAUCCACCUCAUCAGCACCCACGUCACUCAACCUCAAUUUCGACAUUGAUUUCUCUACUCUGGGCCUUAAUAAACCUUCGCAUUUCGAAUUCAUCGUUCGUGAUAUCGAAAGCGAAAAGAAUAUCACAACUGAUGCUCUCCAUAGAGCAUCCAAGUUAUGUAAUAACUUGGACUCGGUGAUGGAUAGAUUAGAAGCCAUGUUCCUAUAA